UCAAAGCUCAACAUCAUGUUUUCAAGGGGCAAAAAUAGUGACAAUAGUGGUCAUGGCAGCACAAAUGUUUCUGAAUGGGAAUUAAGGCCAGGAGGAAUGCUUGUGCAAAAGCGUAAUUCAGAUGUGAAUCAAAAUUCUACAUCUGUGUCCACCAUCAAAGUUAAAGUCAAGUAUGGUUCAUCUUAUCACGAAAUUCGUAUCAGUUCUCAUGCAAGUUUUGGGGAAUUGAAGAAAAUGUUGACAGAACCUACGGGAUUACAUGCUCAGGAUCAGAAGUUGAUUUUCAAGAAAAAAGAGAGAGAUUCAAAAUCAUAUCUUGAUGUUGAGAGAGUCAAAGAUGGAUCAAAAUUGGUGCUGCUUGAGGACAUUGAGAGUAGAGAAAGAAGGACACUCGAGAAGUUAAAAAUUGCAAAAAAGGAAAAGACUUCAAAAUCCUUAACGGAAAUCAACUCGGAGGUUGACAAACUCGCCAAGAAGGUUGCAGCUUUGGAGGUUGGUGCUUCUAAAGGUGAGAUUAUAGCAGAGUUGGAUGUAGAGAGUUUGACAGAAAAUUUGAUGAGAAUGUUGAUUACAUUUGAUGAAAAUUACGUUGAAGGUGAACUUAAAUUGCAGAGAAGAGAGCAGGUAAGGAGAAUUCAGAAGCACAUUGAGACUCUAGAUAUGUUGAAGAUUCCAAGGCCAAACUCAAUUCCCCUUAAAAAUGAAGAUAACAUGAUGCCACGGGAGAGCAAGGUGCAUUCUGGUGUUCAAAAGCAGCACAUGAAGGGGACACAGGGAAAUGCUUCUUCUGACUCAGUUGUAGUAACAACAAAAUGGGAAACUUUUGAUUAA